AUCGAUCGCAUUCCUGUGUGAGUUUACGAUGAUACUGUUUCGAGUAGGAAUAACCUAUCGCUACCUGAACACGAUUCGGAGUGUACAACAAUUUCUCCGACAGCAUUUCGAUGACUCUCGGAAUCCUGAUAGAAAGCGGACCUACCGUAAGAUCCGUCUGGUUGUAGUGACGCUUGUGGUCACAUAUGUAUUCGUCCUUUUCAUGCAACUAAUUUUUGGUGUCUUUGAAGAACCUUUUUUUGUUGCCCCUCCACAUCUGCUUAAGUGGAGGUUUUUAGCAAUAUGGUUCAAGUGCAAAAUACACGUUACAUUCGAUGCAAUAUUCAGUUCGAUCUUUGCGGCAAAUCUGACGAUCAUCAAUACGUAUUUGAUUGCGUUUGAUGUUGAAAUGAAGAGAAAUGCGGCUUCUUUCGAAAAAAUGAUAGGGAAGAUCGACAAAACGGUUGAAUCGAAGACUGUCAACACUCCGGAGCUGUCAGUUAGACAACGCGAGAUGAUCACAGAAUUGCGGUUUGUAAGGAUUUUAAAACGAGAACUUUUCAGCCUUAUCAAAAACCAAAUCGACAUGGUGGAUCAAUUGCAUGAUCUGAAAAAAUUUCUGAACACAACUUUUAUGUGUAUGUUCUACACUCAGAUGGUAGUAUCAGGAUGCCUGUUGUUUUUCAUAACUUUAGAGAAAUUAACCAUUCUGGCUAUGGUACUGCUAUCCUAUGGCUUCACAGGGGUGCUCGAAUGCUUCUGGUAUUGUCAACUAACGAAUAACCUGAACGAGUCGAAUCAAGCGGUUGGAUAUGCCGCAUACUGUAUGGAAUGGUCCCAUAGGCUUCACUAUCACCCGGCAGCACACGCAGAUUAUCGGGAGAUUCGCAACGGCUUGCUGAUUAUUAUGAUCAACUCGCAGAAAAAGUUGGGCAUCAGUUGCGGUGGGAUGUUCGAGAUGUCGAUUGAGGCCUUCUCAGUUUUCAUGAAAAUGACCUACAAUUGUUUAAUGUUUUUACUGAAUUCUACCUGA